AAAUCCCACGACCGCCAUGAUGCUUGUUUGCUCUCGAUGUUAAGCAGCAGUGGAUACAUAGUGAAUCACAAACAAAGGAAACACGCAGUCGUCUUCGUUAACUGGUAUGCUUUUGCAGUAUCACAGGGAUGCCCAAGGAAAAAUAUGACCCGCCAGACCCCCGGCGGAUGUACACGAUAAUGUCGAGCGAGGAGGCAGCCAACGGGAAGAAAUCCUACUGGGCGGAGCUCGAGAUCAGCGGUAAAGUGCGGAGCCUGAGCACUGCAUUGUGGUCCCUGACCCACCUCACAGCCCUGCACAUCAGCGACAACUCUCUGUCUCGCAUCCCGCCCGACAUCGCCAAACUACACAAUCUGGUGUACCUUGACCUCUCGUCCAAUAAGAUCAGGAGCCUGCCGGCUGAGCUUGGCAACAUGGUGUCUCUCAGGGAACUGCUUCUCAAUAACAACCAGCUGCGGGUUCUGCCUUUCGAACUGGGAAAACUCUUCCAGCUGCAGACGCUGGGGCUCAAAGGAAACCCUCUUGCACAAGAAAUCGUGAACCUCUACCAGGAACCCGAUGGAACCCGUCGCCUGCUCAACUACCUGCUGGACAACCUGGCAGGCACCUCCAAACGCACCUCUACAGAGCAGCCCCCUCAGCGGUCCUGGAUCGUGCUGCAGGAAGCUGACCGGACACGACCAGCAGUUCUGUUCUCUGUGAUGUGCUACAACGUGCUCUGUGACAAGUACGCCACCCGCCAGCUGUACGGCUACUGCCCGUCCUGGGCGCUGAACUGGGAGUACAGGAAGAAGUCCAUCAUGCAGGAGAUCCUCAGCUGCAACGCUGACAUCAUCAGCCUGCAGGAAGUGGAGACGGAGCAGUACUACCACUUCUUCCUGGUGGAGCUGAAGGAGCACGGCUACGAGGGCUUCUUCAGCCCCAAGUCCCGCGCCAGGACCAUGUCCGAGUCCGACCGCAAGCACGUGGACGGCUGCGCCGUGUUCUUCAAGAGCGAGAAGUUCAGCCUGGUGCAGAAACACACGGUGGAGUUUAACCAGCUGGCCAUGGCCAACUCUGAGGGCUCGGAGGCUAUGCUCAACCGGGUGAUGACCAAGGACAACAUCGGCGUGGCCGUGCUCCUGGAGCUGCGCAAGGAGGUGAUGGAGCAGUGUGUGGGGAAGUCCAUGCCCAACAUGGAGAAGCAGCUGGUCCUGGUGGCCAACGCGCACAUGCACUGGGACCCCGAGUACUCGGACGUGAAGCUGGUGCAGACCAUGAUGUUCAUGUCUGAGGUGAAGAACAUCGUGGACAAGGCCACGCGUAGCCUCAAGCUGUCGUCCCUCUCCGGGGAGACCAACGGCAUCCCGGUGGUGCUGUGCGCCGACCUCAACUCCCUGCCCGACUCCGGCGUGGUGGAGUACCUGAGCACAGGUGGGGUGGACUGCACGCACAAGGACUUCAAGGAGCUGCGCUACAUCGACAGCCUGACCAACUUCAACUGCAACGGCAAGAGCAGCUCGUCCAACGGCCGCAUCACGCACGCCUUCAAGCUCAAGAGCGCCUACGAGAACGGCCUGAUGCCUUACACUAACUACACCUUCGACUUCAAGGGUGUCAUCGACUACAUUUUCUACUCCCAGCCUCUGCUCAACGUCUUGGGCGUCCUGGGGCCCCUGGAUCCCCAGUGGCUCCACGAGAACAAUAUCAGCGGCUGCCCCCACCCCCACGUCCCCUCCGAUCACUUCUCCCUGUUUGCACAACUGGAGCUGGUCCUGCCCUACCCACCGCCACUCAACGGGAUUCACCUGUCCAGCCGCAGGUAGUCCUCCGAGCCACCGGGGGGAGCCGCUGCUCUCGGCGCCGCUCAGUUCUGUACUUCACAAGAAAACCCAAAAUCUGUAUUCACCUUGAGUAAUACACCAGACGAGUGGGAUAUAUGGCCAAUGGAAUAUUUUCCUCCUUUUUGUUUUUUUUUUUCGUUGUUUUCCAAAAUGUUUUCAAAGAUUUUUUUUUUAAUUUAAAUGCUGAAGUCAAUCUUUGUAAAAAAUGCCUACCAUCUUUUCCCACAUUAUGUAACUUCCCACUCCCCGACUUCAUCCGUGUUGUUUUACUGUAAGGGACCACGGCGAUGAUCAGAUGGUGCCUCAGACCCUGUAGUCAUCUGGAUGCGCCCAGACAUCGUCACGCCAAGAGCCAGUACUAAGUUUUGAAAUGUAGAGAGAGUGUGGUUUGUACACGGGAGAACCCAGGACCACACGCAAUCCAGGAUGGACCAAGAGUGUAGAGAAAGGGAAUCUUAUCCAUCUAGAGGCCAAACAUACUGUGUUCCCACAGUUCACAAAAACCAAAAAUGUCUUCAUAGAGCAGCGGCUUUGAACCACACGGUCCUGUGUGAUGGCGGGUUUUACGCGGGAUAGGGACUGAUUUGGCUGUGUAGGGGAGGGCAAGCCUGUUUGGCUGGUGCGUUUUUAAGAAAUUCUCCUGGUGCUAUACAAGCCACCUGUCCACCAGCGUUGCUUUCGAUCAAUUGGUGCUGUCCGAACAGGGGCUUUUCCAGCUAGCGAAGGGUUAAAGACGACAGGCAUGGGGUUCACACCACCGUUUGCGUAGCCAGCCAGCCAUAUUAGAGAAGACUUCAGAUUUGCUUAAUUCGUUUUCAGGUCACAGGUCAUCGCCUUGGUCCCCGUUCCAUUUUAUUGUUGUGUAUAUUUUUUUGGUUUCCCUUUAAGGUGGGAUGAAGUAAAUUGCUGUACGUAGCCACGGCCCACUAACCACCGAGCCAAUGCCUUCAGGUAAAAAACAGAGUGGGACACGGGCCAAACGUGGGUCUGUCUGCGCUAACGUGCUAGCGCUAUGUCACCAACGUGCUAGCGCUAUGUCACCAACGUGCUAGCGCUAUGUCACCAACGUGCUAGCGCUAUGUCACCAACGUGCUAGCGCUAUGUCACCAACGUGCUAGCGCUAUGUUACCAACGUGCUAGCGCUACGUGAGCAGGUUCAGCGUUCAAAUGGUGGCCGUGGUUACGCACUCGAUGGGCUACGUUCGGGGGGUGGCCAACUGUCAUCUCCGCCUUUUUUACUACAGGGAGGGGGGCUCUUUUGGGCACCAGCACACACACGCACACACAUAUACACGCACACACCCACACGUACACAAACACACACGAUGCAGAUGUGUAGCACUGUCACAGAGGCCAGUAGUGUCCUUCCCUGGCCAUAACUGCACCCUCCUCUGCAGAGGUUUUUCCUACAGACGUUUGUAUAACUUUGAUGUAACUGAAGUUUGGAUUCCGCCUUUACAUGAUUGUAUAUGAACCACAAAAGACCUGAUCUGUGUGGCAUUUUUGUACUAAGAAUUAUGAUCAGAUUUAGAAAAAAAAAAAAAGAUUGUAUUGUAAACUAAGGUGACAUUUGUAUUUGUUUUAAGGUGUUUAAAAAAAAAAUAUAUAUAUAUAUAUAUGAAAGACCAGCUUGUACUAGAGUUAAAAAAAAACAAACAAAAAAAAAACAGAGGUUGUUUCUGGGUUCCCACCUCUGUACUCUUCUCAGUGAUGAUUUCUAGAUGUACUGCUGUUUUUUUUUUUUUUUUUUUUAUUAUUAUUGAAGAAUUUGCACUCCAAAUUCGGAUUCGGACUAGGACAAAUUUCGUGAACAAUCUGCUCGACCAUAAAGACGUUUUUCUUGGGUAACUGGCACAGACGCGCAUCUAGAGACGAGCUUGUUAAAGCUUGACGUUUCAUCUGGCCUGAAAGGGAAUGGUUCUCCCGCCCCUCUGGCUGUGCUUGGCUGUGAGCUGCAGGUUGCCCCCUGUAUCGCCGCCCUGGUGGUGACGAGGUGGAACAGCAGCAGCGCAAGCUCUGUCGCAAAAUGGUGAGGACUGCAGCACGUUACCUGGCCUAUACCUAAACCGCCUCUUGGCAUAUAUUGUGUGUGUGUGUGUGUGUGUGUGUAUAUAUAUAAUGUGUGUAUAUACACACGUAUAUACACACCCUGUCAAAACAUUUGUGGAUGUUUUUUUUAGAGGUCUGUUUUUAUGGGUUGUAGGAAUCGAUUAUUAUGGUGUCUUUUUGUUUGGAGGUAUUGAACUCACAAUCAGGUAAUGAGCGACACAGAGUUUGACCUUUUUUUUCCUUCUUUUUUUUUUUUUAGCUGCUUAACCUCGUACCUACUCAUGUCUCUUCAGUGCUCUCGUUCUGAUACAUUUCCAUCUCUUGUAAUAGUUUUUUGGGGUUUUUUUUUUUUAAUAACACAAUAUUAUAUGUACAUGCUGCAGUGUCCCUUAGAAACCCUUCCUCCUGAUCCGCGGUCUGGUUAAAAUCACUGUCCGGAUUCCCACCCUCACCCCCCUUUAACUCAGGCAGUUACUCUCUGAAUCGCGUCCGCUCGGAUCUGUGUACUUUUCUACCGCUGUGUUCCCCGCUCUGUACAGUGCCAUCUAAUGCUUACUGCAAGAAAAGCCAAGUGUAAAGAUUGGAAGUCCUCUUCUUGCCGCAACCGUGUUACGAAAUGUUUUUAAGGGGAAAAAAGGGGGCCAUUUUCCCUCUCUCUGGCUGUGUUCUCACUUCUCACUUCUCGAGGGCCAGAAAAUGGUAGUCUAUGCUUGUCAUUUUAAUGAUGUUUUCUGGUGACCACAGUGGUCCUGUACAAUCAUCCACCGAGGGGAAAAAGCAAGAAAGAAAAAGAAAACAUGAAAUGUGUAAAUUAUUCAGUGUGCUAAGAAAAUUCAAUGGAAGUUGUCUUCGCUCAAUUUUCAUGUUUUUUUUUCUUUUUUUUUUUCCUUUUUUGUAAUUUUAAUGAAAUUGAUUGACAAGCACUUAAAGUAGAUCACUAGUGCAGCUACCCUCUGACAACGGAAUCUUAUUACCCACUUUUUAAAACUGGGCUUUCGCCAUCGUGCGAAAGUGAAUUUUAAUCUUUUUUUAUUCUCACUCUGCGUGAAGAGGAACAAGGGGAAACGGUAGAUCUGUCCUCCUCGUCCACGACCUGUUCUUUUCUCUCUUUUCUUUUUUUGUUUGGAACAAAAAUAAAUGUGGGGACUAUUAUGUUGAAUUGCGGAUAGUGUUGUAGUAUGUUGGAAAAAUAGCUUUUUUUGUAAAGUGUGAAUAAAAGUUGUAUCUUGUUUCCUUUCUUUAAAAUGAAUUGUGUUGUUCCUGUGUAUGUAUGUGACCAAGUAUCCAAUAGUUAUUUCUUUUCUCUUAUUUUCUUGCCCCUUAUAUACUCAAACCAAAAGUCUUAUUUUUUUGUUAGUUUUUUUUUCCCCCCAGGAAAAUGUUAGUAUCCGGAAUUAAAGAUGUCUGCGAUACAUAGCUUGUACAGAAGCCAUCUUAAAAAAUAUUUUAGAGAGAAGGAUAGUUGCUAGUAUUUACAAAAUCCCAUUUUUAAAGAAAUUAUGUAUGCCGUUAUAUGCAUUUGGUUUAUUUUGGAAGUCAUUUAGGCAAGCAGGUGUGAAUAUGUCUCUGCCUCUCAUUGGCCAGGCCUUUGGGAUCGGUGUGGUGUGGAAAUGGUGAUUGGACAAAGGUCAAGUGGGUGGAGCCUUAUGAGUUAUGGGCGCUCAUUCCAUUCCCUUAUUUUUUUCUUUUUUCCAUUCCUUGCUCCUCCCCUGAAAAUCGUCCGAAGUCCGCCAUCUUCAAGGACAUUCCAACCCGUAUUAAUGUUCCUUCUAGGAGCUAGAAGUUAGCAACUCCCAGUCUUGCCUUUGAGCAAGGGAACAUGAGCGCAUUUUUUGCGGGCAUGUAUUUUUUCAUUUAUGUAUAAAUGAUCGAUCUGUGGAUCCACCUCUCCAUCUGCCUCAUCAAUAACUGACGCAAAUUCAAACUUCAAAUUUCCCCGUCUUCACUUUUUUUAUUAUAAUUUUUUUUAAUGUAAUAAUUUCUUGGCCUCUCCCGAUGGGUGGAGCUAGGGACAAGAACAGGUGAACAAUAAGGGUUUGGAAUUUGCCCAAUGUCUGGUUCAAAGCAUACGAUGGCUGUGCCCCUUUUAUUGAUUUUAUUUAUUUUAUUUUUUAAGGUUUCUGAAGUCUUUCUUCCCCACCACUAUGUGCAAUGAACUGCAGGAGUAAGGAUCCUGUUUUACUGGAAGGCCAUUUUGCGUUUCGGACUCUGGCUGCCCCUUGUGCUUGUGCGUUCCCGCAGUGGGUCAGUCUCGUCUUCACCCCUCCGUUUCUGAUCUGUAGUUUGUGUAAGUGUUGGUGCGAGAGGCCUCCCCCUACCGCGAAUCUGGAGCAUUCGCACCAGAACCGGGUCAGAAUCCACCUUCAACCUCCGCCUCGAGGUCUGGAUUCACCUCCUGUAGGGUCCAACAAAGUCCUGCUAGAUGAACCGCAUGUAGAAAUGCUUUUCCUUUUGUUAAUUUAGGGGUGUGGGAAACCGAGGUUCUGAACGACCCUGCGUGUCAGUUCUCCAUGGCGACUUCUGUUAUUUAUAUAAUCCCACUAUGUACGUUUACAGUUUGGCUAACGUUGAGCUGGUGAAUGAUGGCUAACGGCUACUAUUGUGAAGCAUUUUACUGUGGCCAGAUGUACGGCCUAUUGGCUUUGGUGACUGCAGUUUGAGCCGUGGAUGAUCGAUGGAAACAAAUACCAGCAUGCGUUCCCUCUCCCCCUUCAUGAACCAGGCUCCCCACCCCAGGCAAACGCGGUUUAGUGCAAGUCUGUGGUGUCUGUUUUGAACAUGGGCGACUGUAGAGUUUCAGCAAUAAUCCAUUUUGGGGGAACGUAAGCCUGUACAUCAACAGACCAUUCCAUUUUCUCCGUUUUAGCAUUAUUUUUGUGUUGGUGAUGUGUUCCAAGCUGUGCAACGGAGUUCCACAAAUAUUUAAUAUACUCACCCCCUCAUUUUCUCCUGCACCAUCUAGGCGUCCAUUCUCACUUUCCACCGUUUCACUCAUUGUGACAGUCAUUGGGUUUUGGCUUACUGGGGUUGACACACACAGACGUAUUUGUCACAAUGUAAUGCACUGGACCAACUCUUGUCUACCAUUCAUGGAAUACCAGACUACCAGCAAAGCACUUGCACAAAGUUUUAAAAGAAUGUUACAUUAAAAAAAAGUGUAUGUAUAAAAAAUAAAUCUAUAUAUAAAAGGCAGCUGUUUUUAAAAAAAUUUAACUGUAGAACCCUACUGGUAAACGAGGCAUUUUCAAAUGACUGUCACCCCUUCUGUCUACUUCCUUAUAUCUGUAAGUAAUGCUUAUAACAGGGUCGGCUUGUUUUCCUUUACGACUGUAUCUUUCCUACUUUCAAUGGUUGGACAUAAUAAAACUAAUAAUCAUUAUGUA